UUGCACGUCACCUCCCACUGUUGCGCUCGCGCAUCGCGUCGCCUCACUCGCAGACAGAGCCUCGGGUGCGCGCCCGUUACCAGAACAACCUCAGUGACUGUGGUCUGUGUUUGUGAACGUUCAGUGAUUGGAAUCAUUAUCAAAUAUUUAGGUGGGUUUUAUAAUACAAUAUAAUUGACAAAUAGAGUCUCUACAAUCUGUUUCGUACACGGAUCAGAGUACGUUAUGAGCAAUGACACGAGACAACUACGAAAUGAAUAAUCGACUUUCACGAGGAGGGUCUCUCUUCGGCGGAGAUCCACAAACACAACUCAGGACAGCUCUUCGCACAAAUGACUUCGCAACUUUCAAGAAACUAGUAAGUUACGGCGCCGUCGACCUAGAAUAUGUCUACACUUAUCCAGAUUUUAAAACAUGUCUUGAACUUGCUGUAUCAGAGCCGAAUAAAAAAGAUUUCAUUAAACUUCUUCUGCAACACGAAGUGCAAGUAAACAGGAUCAAUGAAACUCACGGUGCAGCACCUAUUCACUUUGCGGUGGAGAGUGGAAAUAUCGAUGCACUGGCCGCCCUUUUAGAAGAUGAUCGUAUAGAUGUUAACAUAAAAAGCAAAGGGAAUACCGCAUUAUUAAUGACCAUUAAAAGAAUACAAGACUUGGAUGACGAUCGUGAAGGCGAAUUGGCCAUGUGCGAGGAUAUGGUCGAGUUGCUACUAAAAGCUGGGUGUGACGCUAAUGCCCCUGAUAUGAAAGGUAUAACACCAGUCUAUUCAGCGGCAAAACAAGGUCUUGAGAGAGUGAUCACGUACAUUUUAGACUACUCGAAGGAACCGGUCAACUUAGAUUCCUACAAAGACAUCAGAGGUAAAACUGCCCGUUAUUAUUUAAAAGAUGCUUUCCCACAUCUUGUAGCAAGAUUUGACUCAUCUGCAGAUACGAAUGAAUCUAUUGACCCCGACAAGUUAUUCUCAUACUUAAGUCGGCACGAAGAAGACAAUUUUAUAAGAGACUUCAACAGGUUAGUUAAAAAGAAUGACCAUAGAUCUGUGUUAUCUGUGAAUAAUGGAAUGAAUACAAUGUUACAACAAGCAACAGAUAAGGGAUUUGAGAAAGUGGUUGCAACGUUACUAAAUAAUGGGGCAGAUCCAAAUGCAACAUGUCCAGGGAAUACUACACGACCUAUAGCUAUAGCUUGUUAUAACGGAUAUAGUAAAAUUCUUAAAAUGUUUAUUGACCAUGAGGCAGCCUUAUUUGACCCCGUUAACGGUGAAUCCUUACUCCAAAUAACAAUUAAAGGAAUGAGAUCAAGCGUGAAAGGCGUAAAAGUAGACUUUAAAAGCUGCUUGGAAUUGUUAUUAAAGCACCCAAAAACGAACAUGAAUGUUAAUCAUCAGGAUAUUAAGGAUAAUACAGCUCUACAUUACGCAGCAAGAAAUGGUGAUAAUGAUACAGUUUUGGACUUAUUGAGAAACGGGGCCUGUAUUGGAUUAAGAAACAAAUUUGAUGAGCCACCAUUGGCAGAUAUCAGUGCAAAAACUCUUGAAACUUAUUUAGACGAAUGUAUUACAACAAAUGGAGAAAGACCGAGUGAUGAUGAUUACGAAAUACAUAUGAAGUAUAGUUUUCUUGUGUACCCCAACAACUCUUUGGAAAAUGAAUUGUGUAAGGAGCCUCUUAUGGACAAAUCCAAUAACAACGUUGGAAAAGAAUACGACGCUAUACUAGCUCCCGAGACAGAAGCACUUUUGUACAUGACAAGAAAUGAAGACCUUCGACCCUUGCUAAAGCAUCCCGUCAUAACCAGCUUCCUUUAUUUAAAAUGGCAAAGAAUCAGUUGUCUUUUUUACGCAAAUAUAUCAUUCUAUUCACUCUUGUGGCUAUCUCUUGUUCUUUACAUUAUUUUAGGUUAUGGUGUUGACUCGCAACAAUCGAAAUCAAUUGAGGCAUUAAAUGUUGUUACUCAUAUUGGAGCAAGUGUCGGCCUAUUACUUUUGAUAUUACGAGAAUUAUUUCAGUUUCUGGUGUCACCAAUAAGAUAUUUGCAAAGCUUUGAAAAUUGGAUGGAAAUAGCCCUCAUUUUUGUAACUGCUUGGAUAGUUUGUGUUGAUUCUUCAGAAGAGUCAACGAAACAACAAUUGUCAGCAGUAGCUAUUUUACUUUCAUCCGCAGAACUAGUGCUGCUAAUUGGCCAAUUUCCCACCCUAUCAACAAACAUCGUUAUGUUACGCACUGUAUCGUGGAAUUUCUUCAAAUUCCUUUUAUGGUAUUGCAUAUUGAUUAUAGCAUUCGCACUGAGCUUUUACACUUUAUUUAGAAAGGUUGUCGUGGAGGAAGAUCAAGCGGCUCCAAAUCCAAAUACUCCUGCUCCAGAUGAAGAGGAAGACUUUUUUGAAGAUCCAGGGCGAUCGCUUUUCAAAACAAUCGUAAUGCUUACGGGUGAAUUUGAUGCUGGUUCUAUUAAGUUUAGUACUUUUCCUGUGACAAGUCAUUUAAUAUUUAUUGUCUUUGUGUUCAUGAUCCCAAUUGUCCUAUUCAACUUGCUUAAUGGUUUAGCAGUGAGCGAUACACAGGAGAUUAGAGCUGAUGCAGAGUUAGUGGGCCACAUAUCAAGAGUCAAGUUAAUUUCAUAUUUCGAGAGCGUGCUCGUUGGGAAAUCGUACACAAAACCAAUGAAAUGUUGGGCCUGGCUACCACAAUACAUACAAGAUUUAAAUAUAGUAACACCGAAAAGUUUAUGUAUGAAACCAUUUGCGAAGCGUAUAAGUUUAUUCCCUUACUUUUUGCCGAAAUAUCGGAUUAUUGUGAAGCCUAAUCAACACAACAGAAUUGAAAUUCCGCACGCUGAGCCACUUGGUAAAUUUGGAGACGAUUAUGAUGAUAUUGAGAGCGGCAAAUGUUGUUUCGAACGAUGCCAAGUCUAUAGAUUGGAUAGAAAAAUAGUCAAAAACGCAAAAAUAGUAAUAAACAAACGAACGUAUGUAUCUGAAUUUGAUGAACUGAAAGAUAAACUUACUAGUUACGAGUCGAGAUUUGAUAGAAUCGAAACGUCGUUGAAGAAAGUCCUACAGUCUAUAGAAAAUAAGUAUUAAGUUUUACAACAUUAUUAAUUCCAAACGUAACACUUAGUUAAUAUAUGCCGAAUAUUCAUAAUUUUAUUUAUUUUUUCAUUUCAUUUAUAAUAAUAAGGUAUUCUGUUCUGGCACAGUAAACUAUGGCUAUUAAUGUUUGUAUAAAGUCCAACAGUUAUAUUGUAUUAUCAUUUAGAAGCUUUGUGUUGUUUAUAAUACAAAUUAAAUUUGAAAACAAAAUUUAUGAACGAACCUCUCGCGUUCCGUGCGAGCGCUCUUUGUUUUAUAUUUGAAAGGGCGACAUGUCAAGUAAAUUUUUCUAAUAUGCAAAUAUUGGAGUUGAGCAGGUUAUCAACUGAAAAGUAGAUCCUGUGGAUGAAGCCACAACCUGAGAGAUGAACAAGACAUACAAGAUUUAUCAACGAUACGUCACUCGAACGGUUGGCUUAGUGGACAGAGCGCAAGCGCGGAAUGCGAGAGGUCGCGGGUUCGCGACCCGCAUCAUUCAUAAAUUUUGUUUUCAGAUUUGAUUUUUGUGUAAUUAAUCUUAUAAGUGAUGCUUAUCACUUUAAAAUAUAACAAAUUAUUUAUAAUAUACUAGAAUAGACAUGAUGACUGAUUUUGUUUGUUAGUGUGCGUGAGUAUUCACUAUUUCCAUAAAAUAUCAAUUACUGUACGAAAUCAAGGUUUU